UCCCAACCAGACACCAAACCUUACACAAUGUCCAGGGACACACAUAGAAUGGACGACCUCCCGUCAAAACCUGUGCGCGCGACGCUAGAACAGAAGCUCAUGAUUCUCGAUUACUACCACCUGAGCGGCGGGCCGCAGUCUGACACGGUGGAGAAGUUCAAGUCGCUUAUUUCGAUCUCCACAUCCUCCUUCAGUGAAUGGCUCAAGCACGAGCCGGAGCUCCGUGGGCGCUACGACGGGACCAAGGACUACUUCCGGAAUGGGAAGCGCAAGGUGCACUUCAAGUACGAAAAGAUCAACGCCGCGAUGGAUGACAUGGUGGAGAACCGCAAGCUGAAGGGCCUACCGCUCAAUGAGCCGGUGCUUCGCGAACACUGGGUGCUCUAUGCCAAGGAGUUUGGUGUGGACGACCCCAAGCGGUUGGAAGGGUUCAGUCACGGCUGGUUAUCGCAGUUCAAAAAGCGGCACGCGCUCGAUCGAAGUUCCAUGGGGAAGAACCAGUUCACAAAGCUGCGCGCGCUCUUACCCAUACCUGAGACCCUCACAGGGAAAUUUGAGGCUCAGGGUGAAUCGUAUGUGCGCCAGGAAAACGGCACUGUUUCAUCCAACUCCAGUGUCCAGUCAGAGCCGUAUCCGAUGCGCCCCCAGCGGGGCUUUGGGUACGCGGGACAGGUACAGAACUACCUUCCAUUGGAUAACAGCUUCCGUGACCAGCCUACGUUCGAGCAGCCGUUCGAGCAGACGCGCAAGCGCCCCAGACGUGAGAAGGCCCCGGUCGAGCCUGUAGCGUCGCAGACCCAGUACGCGUCCGAGGUGUUUAGCUACAAGACUCCCGCCGAACCCGUUCCUAUGGUCUUCCCCGAGACCCAACCUACCCCUCCCACCCGUCUGGUCUUGGCUGAUCUAACGGCUAAUGACGUGGAGAAGUUGAUGUAUGUGUAUGUUGAUGGUUUCCUCAACACCAACGCCAAGGACUAUCCCGAGGCCAAGAAGGUUUUUGAGCAGUUCAAGUCGACAUUUGUGAACGAACGGUUUAAUUUGGAGAUGCGCAGCUCGGGAAAUGCCCAAGGCAUGGGCGACAACAUUGACCGGAUGAUCAUGCAGACAGUGGCCCGAGACAGGCAUCCGAGGUAAGAAAUAAACCCGUUUAGAAUUGUUAAAUUAUCAUUAGAAUCGUUUAGGUUGUUUACAUUAGAACCGGUUGAAUUAUUUUUUAUUGGGUUUUGCCUAUAUCACGGAGCUGGUAGAGUGAGUUUACCGAAAAAAAAUGGCCCAGGAAAUACUGCAUGAACCGUGAAAAAGAAAUGAAGACACCAACGGGAUUCGAACCCGCGCGGGUAAACCCAAAGGAUUGCGUCUGCGCCCGAAAGCGCAAAUUCUGCGACCUUCGCCUUAACCAACUCGGCCAUAGUGUCCAAUUUCUGGAAGUUGGUGAAAACAGGCCAGACAGCUGGAAAAUGGAAAGGGAUUUGGCCGGGUAAGGUUUAGAUAGU